AUGCUGGCUGCUGUGCGAGGCGCUCGGCAAGCCAUGGACGCGAUAGACCGUCAGGAGGUACUCAUUGAUGGUGUUGCAAUCAAGGCCAGAUGGAAGCCAAGAGGGAAGGACAACACCGCAGAUGAGCGCAAGGGCUAUACAAGUCGCGACAUCUUCAUGGCAGAGAAGCAGCGCAAGACUGGUGGUGGGGGCGGUAGUAGGGAGCUGAUGAACCAACGGCGCAGCAGCCGUAGCCGCAGUCGGAGUAACGGCCGGCGAAACGCCCGCGGCGGUGGCGGCGGAAGCCGGUCCAUGAUCUAUGAUGACAGGCCCCGAGAUCGCGACCGCUACGAUGACAGACGCCGGGAUGAUAGGGGCUAUGACGAUCGGGGUCGAUAUGAUGACCGACGGGAUGACCGACGCGAUGAUAGGCAUAGCUACGAUGAUCGCCGUGACGACCGGCGACGCGACGAUCGGGAUGACCGCCGUCGAGAGGAUAGCAGAGACAGGGGCAACUACACGUCCAGCCGUGGCGGACGCCUGUGA